AACGUUUCUUGGCCUGGACCACGACGUCCUCGUCUCCCCAUAAUAAACUUGCGUAAUGAGCUCCGCCAUAUCCAACCCCCUCGGUGCGCCUACCGGUCUAAAAGACCUUAUACAACCGCAGUUCCACCAGAAUAACUUCGCGGAAGAGAAUUACGUGAAGAAUGAGCUCGGGGUCAAGUUGGACAAGGAUGAUCAAAUAUGUCGUCUGAAUCUGUCCUCAACGGGUUGCCCUCUUGGCCCGCUGCACUGUCCACUGAGGCACACAACGCCGUCUACGCAAAAUUUUCAGCCGCCGAAGCAGCUGCCCACGCACCCUCGUGAGCGGGAGCGUCUCUCUACGGUCUGCAAGCACUGGCUGCGUGGACUGUGUAAGAAAGGCGACCAAUGCGAGUUCUUGCAUGAGUACAACCUGAGGCGAAUGCCGGAGUGCUGGUGGUACGCGAAGUACGGCUAUUGUUCCGCAGGCGACGAGUGUCUGUACGCUCACCCGAAGGAGCGGCGAGUGGAGUGCCCCGACUAUAAUCGGGGAUUUUGCAAACUUGGGCCAUCAUGCCCGCGAAAGCAUGUCCGUAGGGUCGUGUGUCAAAAUUAUCUGACAGGAUUCUGUCCUUUGGGGCCAGAAUGUCCUCGUGGCCACCCGAAGCCGGAUCUACCCCUCCCGAAGGCAUACGAGCCCCCAGAGCCACCAUCGCAACGCGAUUUGGGACCUCCUCCGCCUGGUUACGGUAGAUAUGCGGACUUCGACCGUGGAUUUGGCGGUGCAGGUCCGCCAGGUGCGGGAGGUACUCUUGGUCCUCCCGGCGGUCGGCGGAACUUGGAGGAUGUCGUAUGCUUCAAGUGCGGUGAACGCGGUCAUUACGCGAACCACUGCAAUCGCCGCAACGUCCCUGGCAACCGUGGCGGAUUUGACAGGGCGACUUAUAAGAGAUAUGGCGAGGCUGAAUGAGCUCCUCUCUGUAGUGAAGCUAUGUGGUAGAUACCUUUGUCCUAUUUUUGGGCUACGCUAUGCUGGAUGUUUCGAAUAAAUUCUGUUUGAGUGAUAUCUAGUG